UUACAAUUGGCUGCGGUACGGCUCUAAUAUUUGAAUUACUCACGUUGUCUAGCCUUGAUUUUUAACUGAUCAUUUGAGAGGACAUUCGAAGAAAGUUCAAAAACCGAGAUCAAACCGUUUACGUCUGGAGUUCCGUUUCUCGCACCGAGUAGCGAAUUACUGGAAUUCUCUACCGGAACACGUAAUAUCAGCACCGUCUGUUAAUAUAUUCAAAACGAGGUUGGACCUCCACAGUAUUACAAACUGCAAGGAUUAAUAUAGGUCGAUAGACCUAUCCUUAUUACUGAAGACUAAUGACCAUUGCAUUACAUGGGGUGUGACGAUUUACGGUCAUUAAUUAAGUUUUCAUUGGGUACUUAUAAGUGGUUCUAAUCAAACCCAUGUAAUUGUAUGGUAGUAAAUUAAAGGGUAUUUCACACAUAGAUAACGUUCUCGAAAAUAUGCUUUAAUAAUUAGUGUGGAUACAGGUACAAUACUGGUAAUUCAACGACCAGUUUUCCACUUCUACAUUUGUCUCACGCUCAACGCCAUUGCGUAAAUAAUUAAUAAUGUCUAGUCAACCGAUAUCCAGACAUCGGAAGCAGCACUUUCCUCGUUUAGAACGUCGAAAAUUAAUUACUCCUCUAUCUCAGAAUCUCCCUCUCCAAGAAUAUGAUUCAGAUGAAGAUCCAGUUUAUAUUUCUAAACAUCCACGAAGUUCAUUAAUAUCCACUAGUCAUAAACCAUUCCGUCCAGUCAAAACAGAUUCAAAAGAUACCAAUGGAUCGUCUGGUCGUCCUGACAAACGUGCUAGAGAUGAACACAAUGAACAAGAACGUAGUCGUCGACGUGAACUUGCUGUUAUUUAUGAAUUGAUUCGAUGUAGUUUUUCAAAUGAUGAUUUACGAUAUCUUGGUCAUUGUAAUGGUCCUAAAUCAGUUGAUAAACUAUCAUAUCCACAAGUUUUACAAAUAGCCUAUCAAUUAUUACGUGAAGAACAGCAUAAUUUGACUUUAUUUGAAAAAUCUUUAAAUGAUCUAAAAUUAAUUGAAAAAGAAUUUGUCCGUGCCGGUCUCCCAGUACCUGAAAGGCCUAAAUGUCCUUAUAUAUUAGAUACUUAUCGAAAAAUGGUUCAACUUGUCGAUAAUUUACUACGUCAUGACAAACUUGCUCGAUCUGUUGAUGGUGUUUAUGAGGUGACUCCUGCAGAACGUGCAGCUAUUGGUGAUCAAGAAAUGUCAUUUCUUUUACCACGUUCACAUCAUACAUCUACUAGUACUAGUAGUACAACAGAUUAUUCCGAUCGAAUCAGAGGACGAAGAUCGUUUAACCUUAUCAAUCGGUCAAAUUAUACUGAUAAUUAUUUAGAACGAGAUGAUACAAGGAGUUGUUUUUCUAAUUGGUCAAAUGUUUCUGCAACUCAAUCCAAAUUCAAACGCUCCUCUUCUUCCGCGUCUCUUGAUUAUGGCGCAGAGGAUGACACUGACUCAAAUCUCUUACCACCUACACCUCCAUCGAUUAAUCAUCUGUGUAGUACUACUUCUACUUGUAAUAAUGAUAAUAAUAAUAAUAAUAGUAGCAACCAAUGGUUAGGUAAUCCUGAAUUCCUGGAUAUUUUAUCCGAACUCAAAGAAGAUCCUGAUAGCAGGAAUGAAUUUGAAACACCAACUGAAGAAAUUGAUGAUGAUGUAGAUGUUGAUGGUCUUUUGUUGAAUUUCAUCUCGGAUGAAACACUUAACUAAAUUGUCUUUAAAUAAACUACACGUGUAUAUGUAUAUAGAAAAUUAUGUGUAUUCAUAUCUUUGCUUUUCAUCAUGUUGUGCCUUCUUAUUAUUAUCUUCCAUUUAAAGUACAUAUAUAUAUAUUUUCCUACCGUUUAUUACAUUUCAUUAUUGUUACUAUUAUUAUUAUUAUUAUUAUUCCCGAUUUAGCUUUAUUGUUUUGUAUUGCUUUCUUCUAUAUUCUUUAUAACUCAAUAGUGUCUAUGUAUGUACUUCAUUAUUAUCAUUAAUUUACUUAUCAUCACUAGUGUUUCAUAAGUACAUUCAACAAGAACUUUACAACACUGAAAUAUGCUUCAAUUACCAUGUUCAUGUUGCAUUACACACACAUUUAUAUAUAUAUAAAUCAUGUUUUUGACAGACAUUGUGGAUCAAAGUAAUUACCUUGUGUUUUCUUUUUUUUUAAUCUUACACUUAUCGUUGUAGUAGCCUUAGUGUGUGAGUGAGUGUGAGUGAGUGUGAGUGAGUGAGUGAGUGAGUGA